UCCCCUCCAAGGACGCAACAAGCUGUUACCGCUGGCAUGGGAGGAGGUGUCUAUGUUGGUCAACCGUGGUAUUAUGGUCGAUUGACACGGGACGAAAGUGAUGCGCAGUUGAAUGCUCGGGGUACUGAUGGCGAUUAUUUGGUUCGUGAUAGUGAAAGUAAUGUAAGUUAA